UCCCUCCCCCAAUUCUCUCAAAACAAACAACCCUUAAACGACUAUAAAACCGUACCCGAAAAGAAAAUCCAAUACAGUUAAUUAGUUCCAACAACAGCGGGAAACUGAACCAUUUCUUCACUUUUCAAAUUUCAAAUUCCACAAACACUUUCAUUUCACUUUCUUUCCUCUCUCAAACCCUCUCCUGAAAAAUUCCCAUAACAGUUGCGAUUUUUUCUACACAAACACAAAAAAAUGGAUUUCUUUGCAAUGAAGAGGAAGAAGCUUCAGAGCCUUUGCAAGAAGCACGGUAUUCCGGCUAAUCUUAAGAAUAGCGAUAUGGCGGAGAAACUUUCUUUGAUUUACAAGGAAGAAAAGAAUGAGAAUCCCGGGUCACGCCGGUUACGAUCUGAUGUGAACAAAUCAAAUGUGGAAAUUAUAGUAUUGGACUCUGACAGUGAUUCUGAAGUUCAAAUGGAAGCUUCAGAUACUGUUGCUGAGAAGGAUUCUAAUGAGAAGACCAAUGUGAGCACUGAACAUUUACUCGAUGAGGAACCAGAUCAAUCUCUAACCACUUCUCCUCGAAGUGAAGUCAAAUCUUCUAAUCAUAAUAUUCAUCACAUGGUUGAUUCAGAAGAGAUUAAGCAAGUUUGUAAACUUGAUGAUAAUAUUUAUGUUAUGGACGAAGCUGCUGCAAUGUGCCUUGAUGCAUCAACAGCUAUGAAGCAUACCGAUGAGGUCAAGUCCAAUGAUCUUAAUGAUAUCGUGUCGCACCCGUUACGAUCCGAUGAAGACAAAUCGAAUUUGGAAAUUACAGAAUUGGACUCUGAAAAGGAUAUUGAUGUUCAAAUGGAAGCUUCAGAUACUGUUGCUGAGAAGGAUUGUAAUGAGAGAACCAAUGUGAGUGCUGAACAUUUACUUGAUGAGGAACCAAAUCAAUUUAUAACAACUUCUCCACUAAGUGAGGUCAAGUCCAGUGAUCUUAAUAAUCUCGAGUCGCACCUGUUACGAUCCGAUGAAGACAAAUCAAAUUUGGGAAGUACUGACAGUGGUACUGAUGUUCAAAUGGAAGCUUCAGAUACUGUUGCUGAGAAGGAUUGUAAUGAGAGAACCAAUGUGAGUGCUGAACAUUUACUUGAUGAGGAACCAAAUCAAUUUAUAACAACUUCUCCACUAAGUGAGGUCAAGUCCAGUGAUCUUAAUAAUCUCGAGUCGCACCUGUUACGAUCCGAUGAAGACAAAUCAAAUUUGGGAAGUACUGACAGUGGUACUGAUGUUCAAAUGGAAGUUUCAGAUACUGUUGCUGAGAAGGAUUGUAAUGAGAGAACCAAUGUGAGUGCUGAACAUUUACUUGAUGAGGAACCAAGUCAAUUUACAACAACUUCUCCAAUAAGUGAGGUCAAGUCCAGUGAUCUUAAUAGUUUUGGGUCCUAUUCUGGAUUUGGCAACUACAUGAUGUUGGGAGAUCAGACCUCGAGUGAACGUACUGAUGUUCAUGAAGAUACUGAUCUCCAUCAAGGAUCAGUUGAACAAUUUAACAAAUCAGAUGUUUAUCAUUGUGUAAUAUCCCAAUCUGCUAAAACCUGCCUUGAUGUGAAUGUUGAGAAUAUUCUAGAUGAGGUUCAUUCGUCUAGUUUUGAAGAUUCAGAUGAGACUCCUGUUCAGUUUCUUGAUGCUGAGAAAAUGGUUGUCACAGGCACUGCUACUAGAAAUGCAUAUACAAGCGGAGCAAAGUUUGAAUCGUCACAAAAGAUGAGUAUAACUCCAGCUUCAAAGGAAAUAGUUGGUUCAUCUGCCAAGCUGCUAAAUAAUUCAGUGUCACCAAGAGAUGUUGUAUUUUGUAAUUUGGAAGAAAGCGUGCAAAUUGGUGCUGAUAAGGAGCAAGUUGAUCCUAGCCAAGAGAAAAUGGUAGAGUUUUCUCCCAAGCUGUUUAAUAAUCCAGGGACACCAGCAAAUGGUGGCAUUGGACUCUGUGGUUUGGAGGAAAACUUGGAAAUUGGUGUCAAUAAGGAAAACAUUGAUCCCAAUGAAGAUGUUAUUUAUGCAGAACCCAGUGCGAUGGUCAUGAGCGACAAUCAGGAUGUUAUUCAGGCUGUUUCAGAAGAACUUGGUAAUAAGUUGAUGGAGGAAAACUUGGAGAUUGGUGUCAAUAAGGAGAACAUUGACUCCAAUGAAGAUGUUAUUUAUGCAGAACCUAGUGCGAUGGUCAUGAGCGACAAUGAGGAUGUUAUACAGGCUGUUUCAGAAGAAUUCCGUAACAGUUUGAUGGAAGAUGAAGUUGCGAACAUGGAAGAUAAAUUUGAUCUUCUUGGAGAUGUUCAUGAAUCUGUUAACCCAGGUGGCACAAAUAGCGCUCAUGGAUCAAACAUAAAAACUGCUUUGAACACCUAUGUGACUGGUGGAGAUAUUCUAGAUGAGGUUCAUUCAUCUAGUUUUGAAGAUUCAGAUGCGACACCAGUUCAGUUUCCGAAAACUGAUCCGUUAAGGGAUGCGGAGACUAGUGAUCUCAAUCUUCACAAAAUGUUUAAAACAGCUACUGCUAUUAAAAAUGCAGAUACAAGUGGAGUGAAGUUUGAAUCUUCAACAAAGAGGAGUUUAAGUCUUACUCCAGAGAAAAUGAUUGGUUCAUCUACCAAGCUGCUUAAUAAUUCAGGGACACCAACAAAUUUUGGAUUUUGUGAUGUGGAGGAAAACAUGCAGAUUGGUAUCAGUAAAGAGAACAUUGAUCCCAAUGAAGAAGUUAUGCAUGAAGAACCUAGUGCGUUGGUCAUGAGCGACAAUGAGGGUCUUAUACAGGCUGUUUCAGAAGAACUUGGUAAUGAUUUGACGGAGGAUGAAGUUGCGAACGUGGAUGAUAAAUUUGAUCUUUUUGAAGAUGUUCCUGGAUCUGUUAACCCAGGAUCAAAGAAAAAUGCUGAUUUGAACACCUAUGUGACUGAUGGAGAUAUUUUAGAUGAGGUUCAUUCAUCUAGUUUUGAAGAUUCAGAUGUGACACCAGUUCAGUUUCUGACAACUGAUCAAUUAAGGGAAGCCGAGACUAGUGAUCUCGAUGUUCACAAAAUGUUUGAAACAGCUACUGCUACUAAGAAUGCAGAUGCAAGUGGAGUGAAGUUUGAAUCUUCAACAAAAAUGAGUUUAAAUCUUACUCCAGAGAAAGUGAUUGGUUCAUCUACCAAGCUGCUUAAUAAUUCAGGGACACCAACGAAUUUUGGAUUUUGUGAUGCGGAUGAAAACUUGCAGAUUGGUGCCAAUAAGGAGCAAGUUGAUCCUAGCCAAGAGAAAACGAUGGAGUUUUCUCCGAAGCUGUUUAAUAAUCCUGAGACACCAACAAAUGGUGGAACUGGACUCUGGUUUUUGGAGGAAAACUUGGAGAUUGGUGUCAAUAAGGAGAACAUUGAUCCCAAUGAAGAUGUUAUGCAUGAAGAACCUAGUGCGUUGGUCAUGAGCGACAAUGAGGAUCUUAUACAUGCUGUUUCAGAAGAACUUGGUAACGAUUUGAUGGAGGAUGAAGUUGCUAAUGUGGAUGAUAAAUUUGAUCUUCUUGAAGAUGUUCCUGGAUCUGUUAACCCAGUAUCAAAGAAAAAUGCUGAUUUGAACACCUACGUGACUGGUGGAGAUAUUCUAGAUGAGGUUCAUUCAUCUAGUUUUGAAGAUUCAGAUGCGACACCAGUUCAGUUUCUGAAAACUGAUCCGUUAAGGGAAGCGGAAACUAGUGUUCUCAAUCUUCACAAAAUGUUUGAAACAGCUAUUGCUACUAAAAAUGCAGAUACAGGUGGAGUGAAGUUUGAAUCUUCAACAAAAAUGAGUUUAAGUCUUACUCCAGAGAAAAUGAUUGGUUCAUCUACCAAGCUGCUUAAAAAUUCAGGGGCACCAACACAUUUUGGAUUUUGUGACGUGGAUGAAAACUUGCAGAUUGGUCGCAAUAAAGUGAACAUUGAUCCUAGUGAUGAAAUUCUACAUGCAGAACCUAGUCUAGUGGUCACCAGUGAUAACGAAGAGGUUGAUCUUAGUAUUCAUCAAAUGGCUGCUCUAGAAGCUUGUGAAGAAGAGAUGCUUAAAUCAUCAGAAAAGACUUGUAUGGUUGCUGAUCCUGAGGAAUGCAUUGGAUUUUCCCUUAAUGACCUUCAAGCUUCAACUACUAAGGGCUCUGAGGUUGAAACAUAUUUUGAAUCAACUGCACUUGGUGAUGUUAUGGAAACUUGUAACAUGGAAGGAUGCAUGGAAACUAACAUGAUAGAGGGAGAAAACAGUCAGGAAGAAAAUCAAGGUUAUUCGGGGAGCUGGAAAAAGAAAGGGAGUGAUGUGGAUGAUAAUAGUGGUGCAAAUUCAGAUGAGGAAGUGAGAGCAGAUGAGCUUGUUCCAGCGGUGCCGCAAUCUAGUGAAAUGGAGUCAUGCGAUUUUGGCCUUCAACAACUUUUUGCUCAAGGCGAGAUCACCAUGAUUGAGGCAGAAAACAAUCAGGAGGAUUGCGUUUCAGCUCAGCGAGAAGUUGUCAAGUUUUUUGACAACUCCGAUGUUCAUGAUGAUAUUGGCCGAGAUGGAGCCAAAGAUGUAAAUCAAGCUUCUUCGGCAAGCUGGAAAAGGAUAAGAAGUGACAUGGAUGAUGCUAGUGGUGCAAGUUCAACUGAGCAAGUGAAAGCAGGCGAGAUCACCAUGAUUGAGGCAGAAAACAAUCAGGAGGGUUGCGUUUCAGCUCAGCGAGAAGUUGUCAAGUUUUUUGACAACUCCGAUGUUCAUGAUGAUAUUGGCCGAGAUGGAGCCAAAGAUGUAAAUCAAGCUUCUUCGGCAAGCUGGAAAAGGAUAAGAAGUGACAUGGAUGAUGCUAGUGGUGCAAGUUCAAUUGAGCAAGUGAAAGCAGGCGAGAUCACCAUGAUUGAGGUAGAAAACAAUCAGGAGGAUUGCGUUUCAGCUCAGCGAGAAGUUGUCAAGUUUUUUGACAACUCCGAUGUUCAUGAUGAUAUUGGCCGAGAUGGAGCCAAAGAUGUAAAUCAAGCUUCUUCGGCAAGCCGGAAAAGGAUAAGAAGUGACAUGGAUAAUGCUAGUGGUGCAAGUUCAAUUGAGCAAGUGAAAGCAGGCGAGAUCACCAUGAUUGAGGCAGAAAACAAUCAGGAGGAUUGCGUUUCAGCUCAGCGAGAAGUUGUCAAGUUUUUUGACAACUCCGAUGUUCAUGAUGAUAUUGGCCGAGAUGGAGCCAAAGAUGUAAAUCAAGCUUCUUCGGCAAGCCGGAAAAGGAUAAGAAGUGACAUGGAUGAUGCUAGUGGUGCAAGUUCAAUUGAGCAAGUGAAAGCAGGUGAGCUUGUUCCAGCUGUGCCUCAAUCUUCAAUGGAUUCAUGCAAUUUCAGCCUUCAACAAAUUUUUGCUCAAGACACUGCAUCUGGAGAUCAAGAUGUUUGUCCAAAGAAGUUGGACUCACCAUCAAAGGCUACACCAAUUGCAAGUGGAGAGAAAAACAUCAUUUUUACUCCUAUGUUCAAUGAAUCAUCUAUGAUGCAUAAAGAGAUGGAGAUUGCCAUGAUUGAAGAAGAAAAUAAUGCUCAGUGGGAAGUUUGCAAGUUUUUAGACACCUCUGAUGUUCAUGUUGGUAUUGGUCUAGAUGGAGCCAAAGAUGAAAAUCAAGCUUAUUGGGCAAGCCGGAAAAGAAAAAUGAGUGAUGUGGAUGAUACUAGUGGUGGAAAUUCAAAUGAGGAAGUGAAGGCAGAUGAGUUUGUUCCAGCUGUGCCGCAUUCUAGUGAAAUGGAGUCGUGUGAUUUCGGCUUUCCACAACUUUUUGCUCAAGAUACUGCUUCUGGUGAUGAAGAUGCGUAUCAAAAGAAAUUGGACUCAUCAUCAAAGGGUACACCAACUGCAAGUGGAGAGAAAAGCAUCGUUUUUACUCCCAAGCUCCAAGAAUCAUCAAUGAUGCGUAAAAAGAUGAGGAUUGAAAUGAAUUUGUCUCAAAAACCCGCAACAAGAGAUAGUGUUGGUACUUGUGAUAUGAAAGAGAACAUUAAAACUGACAAGAAAGAAGUCGAUAGCUCGACGGUGUCAAGGAAUAAGUUUGCCAAGAGGCUACCUCUUCAAGAUCUUCAUCAGAAUUGAUCUUAACAGUCUAUGUAGUGUUUGUAAGUUACUACUUGUAAUUUAGUGAAUGAUCAUGCUUUGCAGUAUAGUAGACAUUAUGAUGACUGUUGGUGUUAAGUCUAAGUUCUUUUUAAUGCUUGUUGCUUAAUGCCUUUUAUUUUAAGACAUUUUAACAUGAAAUCUAUUGUAUUGAAUACGUUUAAAGAUUGGUUACUUGUUUAUCUUGUUUAAUGCCUUUUAUUGUAAGACAUUUUCACAUGAAAUGUGUUGUAUUGAAUAUGUUUAAAGACUGGUUGUUUAUCUUGUGUGGAAGAGAUUUGUUCAGUUUGGA